UAAACAUCUUCAUUUUAUUGUUCAAUUAAAUAGAAGCACCCAAAAGAAACAAAUAAAAAGAGAGAGAAUAAGAAAGAAAUUAAAGAAGAAAAAAAAAAAAAAAAUGCCAUCACUUUACAUCACUACAAACGUGAAUCUGGAAGGAGUGGAUGUACAACCCAUCUUCUCUGAAGCAACUACUGCUGUUGCCUCCAUUAUUGGAAGACCCCAACAUUUGGUGAUGGUGGUGCUAAAAGGGUCAGUGCCCAUACAAUUUACAGGGACCGAGGAACCAGCAGCUUUUGGACAGUUGAUAUCAAUGGGUGGAAUUAAUAAAAUUGUUAAGAAAAAUUUAAUUACAAGUAUUGGUGGAAUCUUACAAACUCAUCUUUCCAUUCCUCCUGCUAGAUUUUUCUGCCAUGUUGUUGAUACUACUGCUGGUCGCACACAAUCUAAGCUUUAAUUUUAACUUCCAUUUUUAAUCUAUUAUGUUUUGACCAUGAUUUUUCUUGUCUAAAUCAUGUACAAGUGCUCAAAAUUGUUACCAUAAUUAUUUUUGAAGGAAAUUAAAACUUAAUUAUGUUA